AUGCUCAAAGAAAUACAGCAGGUGUUGCGGUUGGUCAUGCUUUUUGGUAAGCACAGACAACACCCUUGCUUUAAGACUACAGGAGGACUUUUGGUGCUUUUGUGGACUGAAACAGAAGCGUCUGUUCGAAGUAUAAACUGCACUGUUGCAGCUGCUGGUCCCUGGUGUACAGGGAUUAAAAUGAAAGCACUCCAACCUGUCCUCAGAGACUUGAAGGAGAGCAUGUUCCCCUCUUCAUGGCCGUGUCCUUUGCCUGGCCCUGAAGAGCUGGGUGCCUUCACCGACCUGUAUGGUUCCCUCAAAAUACUCCUGUCUUUUCAGAUGAAAGAUGAAAGACUUUUCAGUCCAGAGUGGUGCGCUCGUAUAGAAACGUUCCUACAUGCGUUCAGUUUGGCUAACGCUAAGAUCAAAAUCCAACUUAAAUUCAAAUUCAGUCAGCAGAUCUUUCAGCGAGACUUUAGAGUGAAGAUGACGAGUAAAGUUUCAUGGGCAAACCAACCAGCACUGAUCUUGGAUGUCACCUCUAGUGCAAGGCCUCCAGAUUGUGUGAAGAAAGGAUGCUGGUGUCAGGGAGGACACCCUGUCCUCGGAGGCAGAUUGCCACUCAGCAUCCCACCUGAAGUCAUGGACCAGGGCCUGUUCGGGGAGCUCAGCAUCCAGCUUGUUACACUCCUGAGCCCCUGUGUGCUGCAGUACCCUAAUCUGGCAACACAACUUACUCACAUUCAGAUAUCCUUUGUGUUGGUAUGCGGCCCCAGUAAUGUCCCUUUCACAGGGCCCUCCACCUUCUUCCAGGACCUCCCUUCUCAUUUGGACUGUCAGGAACUUGGCCUGCACGGUCUUCACUGCUUGUACUCCAAAGAUCUUGUGCACAGCGGAGGCACUGUGUACACAGUAGAGCAAGAAAACAGUGAGGACCCAGAGCAAGAAACAGUGCAGCAGGGUCUCCUGCUUUUCCUGUCCCUGCAGCACAGUGACCCCUUCACCUGCCAGCUCUCUGAUAUGAUGGCCACAGAGGUGCUGAUAGAGCGCCACCUGGAGGAUAUUCUGAGCAACAACAGGCAGGCAGUCACAUCAGCUGUGCAGACCGAGCUGCAGAACACACUGAAAGCCCAAAAUCACAGAAAAAAGGACCAGGAGAAGCUGCGUUCAGCUGCUGAGGUGAUUCUCAGUUCGUCCAUCAGUAUUGUGAGCUGCAGCAGUAACAUGGACUUCAGAAACGCCUGUCUGAACAGGAUGAAGGUGCGUGACACUCACAACCUGUCAGCCUCCCUCCGUGAAUCACUGAGGAGGGUGACAUCAUGGAAAUUCACUCCCAGGGGCAGGUGCUACUCAGCCCAGGUGGAAGAACAUCCUGAGAGUGAUGAUGAGCCCACAAGAACAGAAAUCUGAGCGUGUCCUUGUUUGUCUUGGAAGGGUUUAUGGAAGGCUGUGGAAGUAGAAUAUUUUUGCAGUUUAAAGUAGGGCAGCAGUGCAUUUGGUAAAUGUGCUGGUGAUAAAGAUAUCUGUUUAACCUUUAAUUAAACAAAUACAAAGUUCUUAUCAACGUUUGGGUGUGACACCAGAUGUUUCCUUAAGACAGUUAUAAAAGAGAAAAAGUUUAAAAAGCGAUUUAUAUUAGUUAAAUUUGCCUUAAACCCUUAAAUAAAAACAAAUAAACACCUUUAUUAUUUAAUAUUAAAUGUUGCAUCAUUUCGUAAUAGUUCGUACUAUUGUUUGUGGCUGUACAACAAGUUAAGCAAGGAUAACCAGUCUGGUUUAACGUAUUUUCGACAGGUCUGAGGGCUGACA